CGUGAAGGAAGUAAAAUGUCAGGCUGUUGGCCUUGGCGUUGCAACGUUGGUCCAAAUUGGCUGCCACACGUCUGCAAGUAUUAGGGUUCAUGGUUUCUACAGCCUUAUGUACUAUACAGCUGCGUCUCCUCGCCCUGUUGCAACCACGAGGAAUCAAACUAAAUUCAUCGCAACUCGCAUGACCUUCUAUAGUGCAACUCAGUCAGGUAAUCAUGAAGGGCUUACAGUACCACCCUUUGAUGUUCUUGACACUCAGCCCGGUCUCCACACAUGUCUCGGCCCUGGUUGGAAUUAUUGGAGGGAUUGCCCUGGGAGUUUUGGUUAUCUGGCUAUUGGUUGUCCUGAGAUGCAAACUGAAAGCAAAUAUCCCAUCUGAUGGGACUUCCGAAUCCGCCCCUCCUCUAAACCCAGACCAAAUACGAACUGAACUUCUGAUAGAUCAUAUUGACAGCAACACACUACUCUGUUCCGUCUGUGAAAAUUUGAAUUUUUACCAGAUCUUCCUUGAUGGCAUCCCAGAGGCAGAGGAAAUCCCACUCGAUUCCCUCUCAUCGAUCCUACAAAAAUCGUACCAAUGCAGUUUUUGCCGCCUCAUAUCCUUUCACGUCCGUCGAACAUGGAUGUUGGACAAGUUCCCUGACGUCGAUCUCUCAGGGAUUCAAUGUCGGCUGUUCUCAAUGGCAUGUGGUUGUCUCCGGGGGCCCUUUUAUCCUCAACCCAAAUUUCGUUGCUACCGUCUCCACAUCAAUAUGGAGGGCCUAAAGGAAUUUUGGGAGAAAUACCCUACUUCAAGGGCGACAGCAGGUUCGCUUAACAUCUACCUCAUGCAAGAAGACGCUUUCAAGUUCGGGAGACCAACCGAUCUUCAUAGUCGCAGGGUGAAGAACACUGUAGACAUCGACCUGGUAAAGAAGUGGAUUAAGCUGUGCCAGGAGAACCACGGAGAUGAAUGUCAGAAUGUGUGGAGAAUGGGUGAUGGAGAGGAUGAGAAUUUGCCGAAAUAUGUGAGAUUGGUGGACGUGGUCUCGAUGACCCUGGUUCCCGCACCUUCUGGCUGUCGUUAUGUUGCCCUCAGUUACGUGUGGGGAACCGGCAGCACAGAGUAUCGGACGACGACGAAUAAUAUAGCGGAGCGCUCCACGCCUGGCGGGUUGAACACGGCAAUCUUUCCAGCGACCAUAACUGAUUCCAUUCUAUUCACUCGACAACUCGGUCUCCGUUACUUAUGGAUCGACGCUCUAUGCAUCAUUCAAGAUUGUUCGCAGGACAAAAUCACUCAGAUAAAAUCUAUGGAUUUAGUUUACGGUCUUUCUUACCUCACGGUAAUGGCCGCUGGCGGCGCGUCGGCUCGAGACCCUAUCCCAGGGUGCCGUCCACGAACUAGAACACCAAAACAGCAUAUCGAGGUUGUUCAAGGACUUCAUCUCUGUGUGGGACCUCCAAGACUUCAGGAGGCUCUUGCUCUGUCCGUAUGGAAUUCACGUUGUUGGACUUAUCAAGAGAGCGCACUCUCCCGCCGACGGAUAUACUUCACUGAGCAGCAAGCCUACUUUGAGUGUCGACGUGAUCUCUUCUGCGAAGACAUCGUCGCCGAAAGCAAAGGCCACCAAUUCUCCAGCCACUUUCUUCGGUAUUCGCGUGGAGAUUACUUCCCACAGGCGGACCCAUUUGGGAGUUACAUGUGGGCCGUCAAGGAGUGUACACGACGCAAUCUCACCGUGGAAUCAGAUGUUGUCGAUGCUCUCACUGGAGUGACAAAUGCUUUGGCGAUAGGCUUUAGCCUCGGUGACCCCGCUAGAGUCUUUCACUGCGGAAUGAUGUUGACGUAUCUGCAUCAGGCGCUUCUCUGGCAACAUGACCCACACACGCCUCGCGCUCGUCGUUCGCUCCCUGAUGGUGUUAGUUUACCUUUACCUUCUUGGGCAUGGGCUACGUGGUGUGGCGCUGUUGACUACACGUCGGAGCAUCGGUAUCUUGGUAUCGUCAACGGUAGUGGCGAACCGUCGGUGGUAGAAACGUUUAUUAAUUCUUGGUAUAUCGUGGACCAUAGUGGUAAUACAGUGGAGCUUGAUGUUCGCCGGGUUUCCCGGAUCGUAUCGAAUCCCAUGAAAGAGGAGGAGAAGUUGGCAUAUUCUCCUCCGUCAGGGAUUUUAGACUCAACGGAGCUGACGUUAGACAUCCAUCGACCGCUAGCACCAGGCACCCUCAUUUUCCGCACAACUUCCAGCCACUUCGGCAUUGUAUGGCGAGGUAGCGAAGAAAACGAUGAUUCAGGUGCAUCUCUCCACCACGGUCUCUUCAAUAUUCUCUCCGCCACAUCCCCUCCCAUUUGGGUUGGCACUGCGGUCCUACCAUUGGACCCUAUGCCUCCGCCGUCCCUCGAGUUCAUCGUUCUUUCCCGUACCGGUACGAACCGCGUGUACGACGAACAGAGUCUCAAGUAUUACCAUGAAUGUGUCUUACAUGUCAUGGCGGUCAGUCAGAAUGAGGGCUUGAUGCAACGUGUUGGGUUGGGCGUCAUCCAUGAAGUCUCCUGGAAUGCUUCACGGCCGAAGGAAAAGGUAGUGUUUCUUCGAUGAUGACUAGCUGUGAUAGUGUAUUUCGAUUGUUGAAAGGAUCUCCAAAUUCAUUAUUAUUCGGGUUGUAUACGGCCCCGCAUAUACCUCAUGCUCUGAUCUGCUACCUCAUGGAACAAUAGAUAACAUCGUUCUGUUU